AUGGACCCCUCCCUCUACAUAACUUCCAGCAACGUGAACGCUGAAUAUACUGAUCCCUCGAACCUAUUUCCUUCGAUUCAGCCUUUACUUCUGCAGGCUCGACAGCUGCGCAACCUUCACUGGAAAUCACCGACGCGGCCUCUUCGCUCCAUUGGAUGCCUGCAAAUCGAUUUUGUCCCAGCCCAGAGUGCGGAGGAGCAGAAGAGGCUGAGCGAUAGCUCUGGCGGCGCAUUUCCGCAUCGAAGGCACCAAAUACCAGGGCUGUGUCGGACUCCUUACCUCAAACUCUAUUUACUACGUUGUGAUGAUAAUGAGACAUACAAAACGGCAUCAAGAAAGCUUUUGAGAGAAUGGGUUAAAUCUUUAGGCAGCAGCUCGGGAGGCGGGUCCCAGGAUAAUCAUAAUGCAUUCGAGUGGCUUAUCAUACACGUUGUUGAUGCAAAUACGUCGACUUCAGAAGCACCAGAGAAAGCAGGGCCAAUGGCUAAAUGGCCCGGACGUGGCUCAACUUCUGUUUUCGAGAAGAUUAAGGCGGAUUUUAACGGCUCUUCAAAGAGUGCGGUCGAUCGAGUUGUUCAACUGAAAAUACCAAAGCAUGACGGGAACCAACAGCCACUUGACGUCCAAACACAGCUGGAAGACCUGGUUACAAAACUAAAAUCUUCCAUACUGACCUCCUUCGAUCUUCGGGUAGCGCAGUAUGAAGAUGAUAUUCGGGAAAAGGACUCGCAAAGAGGGUUACCUGGUUGGAAUUUCUGCACAUUUUUCAUACUCAAAGAGGGCUUGGCCCUGGGGUUCGAGAACGUUGGUCUAUAUGAAGAUGCCCUGAUUGGUUAUGACGAGCUCUCGGUUGGUCUAGAAGCUGCUCUUCGUGAGCAAUCUUCUAAUGUGGGAGAUCAGCACGGUAUGCUGCUUGCAUAUAGCGAUGAAAUGAAGUCUAGAGUCAAGACUGCCCUUUCUUCAAUUAAUAUGGCCCCUACAGGAGCAGUUGCUGAAAAUUCCGAGAUGCUUGAAACUCUCAAGCAAUCAACUAAAGACGCUUUUUCAAACCCCAUUCAGCUAGAUUCAAAAUAUUUUCCAUUCGAUACCCAUAAGAAGCCUUACCGCGAUAUGAUCGUGGCGAAUAACAUAUCCGCUUUCGAUUUCCGUGCUUACAUAUUCUCGAGGCAAAUGCAGCUGCUCCUCGCAGCUGCUCAGUCUCAUUUCUCUGGGGAUACCCUACCCCGGCAGGGUGCCCCUUCUCAAGAAUACGAUCUACGCCUUGUUGGAGAGCUAUGUGAUCGUGCCAGUGAAUUCAUCUCCCUUGCAUCCCGUAUUUUGCGCAACGAUGUGCAAAAUGGGGUAUUGAAACUCGAUACAAGCAAUGAUGAGAUUAUAGCCAAGGUCCUCAACAACUUAGUGUAUUCUUGGUCUUAUGCAGCUGUCUCCCAGGUUCUUCUUCGGACUACUGUGGAGUCCUUGGGCAUCCCAAGAGUAUCUAUUAAAACAAAUAAGGAUCUAUUGCAUGCUUCGAUUGUCAGUUCCUAUUCCAUGCGCUCUGGUGUUCCCCAGCGCUCGAGCUCAUUAGCUGCAUCCCCUACCAUAUCAUCUGGCUUUGACUUCCACUCGCCAUCACUAGCUAAGCUACCGACGAAAGGUUCCUUCAAAAUUUUGCAAACAGAUGUACAGAAGACCGGUGCGGCUGAACUAGCAUCAGCGAGAGGUGACUUAUAUUUUUUUGCAAGGCGGAUUCUUGAAAAUAUAGGGCGAGAGCGAGGCUGGGGGCAACAAUGGAACAACAUAGCGCUUCUUUUUAAUGGAAAUGACCCUUCGACGUUCACGGAUAUUUCUCUUGAUGAUCAAAGUACAUUGGCCAAAGAUAGAAUUGCUUCGCCGGCAUCGUUGCCGAUUCUAUCUGGUAUUGACACACCAGUGCUGAAAUUAGCAAUACAGUCUUCUGAUGAUUUUGUUUCUUGCUAUGAAAGCCUCACUGAUGAAAUAUUCCGUCAUUACGUAGCCGCAAAUAGAAUGAAGUCUGCUGAGGCAGCCCUGGCGGAUAUGGCGAUUCUGAAGUAUCGACAGGGAGACUACGAAACAGCUGCUUCUUACUUUCAACAGCUUGCUGACUUCUACAACGCCGGUGACUGGGAGCUUCUAGAAGGAACAAUGCUAGAGCUGUAUGGCCGAUGUCUGGAGAAGUUAGAUCGCAAAGAGGAAUUCGUUCAUACAUAUCUGAAGCUUCUUGGCAAGUAUGCGCGAGCGAUACAAGCAAGCACAAGUCUACGAGGUAAAGGGGUAUUAGGAUUGGGCAUGGACUCUCUCGUCCCAGCUUACAUUCGACAACUCUUCGAUGCAUCCCAUUCUCUCUCAAAACAAUUUAUAGUUCCCCUUCAGGAUUUCUUUACUAUUCCUACGAUAGACCCACGGAUCCUCCAUUUUGAGGACAAGGAUGGGUUUCAACUUCAGCUGUGCUUGAGAUUCCUUCUUGCAGAGACUAUUACAGUAGAGUCUGCAACGGUGCGGCUAGUUACUACUGUCGAUAACCAGACUAGUGAAUUAGUAUUGAAAAGCGGCCCAAUUGUCUUCAACGGGUUAAAAACCACGGUACUACUCGAAUCACUUACGACCGUGCAAGGCAAAUAUUUUGUGGACCGUAUCGAUUUAUAUAUCAAAAAUAUUGUGUUUUCAUACAACCCAAAUGGGGGAAAUACAUCCCCAACAACGUACAAAAAGCUUCUUGUUGAAGAGGCAACUGACGAAGAUCCCCGACCAGCUGUCAUUUGCUAUCAACGAGCAGGUGGUUUUGAUGCUAAAAUCUCACACUCAUGCCUCAUUGACUUGAGUGGUCGCAGAUCAAUAGAGGUUGAAUUCAACAGCGGCUCUAACGCGAUUACUCACGGCGUAAUUCGUCUGAAACCAGCAACGGCGGGACUUAGACUACUUAUCGCGGAAGCUGAAGUGGUAAACGGUAGCAUUGAACUUGGUGAAAACGAUAACCCGGGACAAAUACACUUCUGCAAACUCGGUCCAAGUAGCUCUGCUGUUCUAAGCAUACCAUACACGGUAGAAGGAAGCAAGGCCAGUUUGAUAAUACGUCUGGAGGUCGAAUAUGAAACUGAAAAGGGAGAUUUCUUAUUCUUGACGUCGAAGUCGGUUUUGACUACCUUGCCGGUGAGCGUUAAUGUUCAAGACGUGUUCAAGGAUACGGUUCUCUUUUCAAGAUUCACGAUAAGUCCGGCGAUGAUGAUACCACUUAGGGUGUUUGACUGUCAAAUGUCUGAGGGCCAGGCAUUCGAUAUUGAAUCGGGAAUGGAGGCCGGAGAGAUAUUUGACAUUUUCCCUAAACAACCGGCGUCCCUGGUCUAUAAAAUUGUGCCCAAAGAAAGCACCGUAUCUACCUCAAAACCAGGAUCACGAUCGCUUCGCCUCUCGAUCGACUUUACCUGUGUUAAUGAAGAAUGUUUGACUGUGCUUGAGAGGCAGUUCUCUCAGGACUUGGAUGAUAGUCCCUUUUCACAACUUCGUUGCUUGCUUCUACCACAUCUUUUAGAAUCAUUUAGCCUUCAAUGGACGGCAGAGAUUUUAGAACAAGCGGGAUUGCUGCGAGAAAUCGAUGUGUUACCCUAUGAGCGGAUACAAUGGCCAAGCAUUACCAGAACCCUUGGCAAUGACCUAGAACGGCAAGUCGUGCUUUGGCUAAAAGCGUGGCAUAAGCGAUACCAAACUUUGGUGCUUCAAGAUAAGCCGGCGGCAAAGGCUAUUCGACAGAUCAUAAUACCUGUCGACAUCCCGGAGAUACAGGUGGUAUAUACCGCGAAACUUGUGUUGCAUAAUAUUCCUGUAGGCCAAUCCCAUGCUGCGGUGGGAGAAGCAAUCCAUGCUGAAUUGCAGCUUCGACAUACGCGGCGGUGGUGUCCGGAGGAAAGGAGAGAAGCGCAAUCUUCACUGGAGUUCAUGUACGAGAUCAUCGCGAAUCCAGACGUUUGGCUCGUUGGUGGUCGCCGACGCGGCAACUUCAGUGCCGAUGAUGGAGAAAUGAAGGUGUUCCCUAUGAUACUGCUUCCCCAGAGACCCGGUCACCUGCUCCUCCCGCACGUUGAGGUGAAGAGCUUCAUCGCACAGGAAUCCCAGCUUGAACCUCAUGCGGGGGCGCAGCGACGGGUCGUGCCGUGCGAAGUCGACUACCGCAAUCACAGUACGACCAUACUUGUGACCCCGAACUUGAGGAAGAUAACAAUUGGGCUGGAUGCAGCAGGAACCUCGGGGAAUAAUGGCGCUUGGGUGAUGGAAUCGGAGAAGCGUGUGAUCCCGGCGGACUGA